UCGUCCUCGUCGUUGUUGUUGUAUAAUUGAUAAUAAAAAUUUUUUUGUUUGUCAUAAAAAAAACACCAAAUGUCUAUACUUCGUGGAACGAAAAAACUUUUAUUGGCCGCCGGUCUAGCUGGUUGUGGUGCAGCUGCAGCCGUAUUAUUUACCGGUCUACAUAAAGAUACUGAAAGUUUUAAAGCACAUGCAUCAUCUGCCUCAUUAUUAUUACCUGAUUAUAAAUUUAUAAAUCUACAUAAUUAUAUAGCAACAAAAUGGGAUUAUAAUUGGGAUAGACGUGAACCGAAUUCAUUAAUAGCACCAAUAAAAGGUGAUUUUGGUUCAUUACCUGAAUGUGAUCAAGAUGAUUAUAAUCGUCGUUUAGAAAAGGCAAAAUCAACAGCAACAAGACAUCUAUUAUUAAUACGACAUGGCCAAUAUCGUAUGGAUGCCGAUACUGAUGAAUUACGGCAGCUAACAUCAUUAGGCCGUGAUCAGGCUAAUCGUAUUGGUGAAAGAUUAAAAGAAUUAGAUCUACCAUAUACACGUAUUAUAAAAUCAACAAUGACACGUGCAACCGAAACGGCAGAAAUUAUACAUACACAUCUACCGGAUAUACCGAUGACUGCAUGUGAUUUUAUUCGUGAAGGUUCACCAAUCGUACCGGAGCCACCAAUUUCAAAUUGGAAACCUGAACCAAAGCAGUUUUUCCAGGAUGGUGCCCGUAUUGAAAGUGCAUUUCGAAAAUAUUUUCAUCGUGCUGAUCCAUCACAGAAACAAGAUAGCUACGAUAUACUUGUCUGUCAUGGAAAUGUGAUUCGUUAUUUUGUUUGUCGUGCAUUACAAUUUCCACCGGAAGGAUGGCUAAGAUUUUCAUUAUAUAAUUGUAGUAUGACAUGGGUUGCCAUCAAACCAAGUGGACGUGUUAUUGUCUAUACGGUUGGUGAUACUGGCCAUUUAUCUCGUGCUCAAAUGACGACCAAUUAGUAGUAAUAAUAAUCAGUGAAAAUACUAAAAAAAAGUGCCGAUAAUAAGUAAAAAAAAAAAAAAAUAUUAGAAGAAUUUUAUCAUUUGAUAAACAUAUAUAAUACGUGUAUGGAUUUAUUCAUUUUGUAAUUUUUAAAUCAAUCAUCGAAUUUUCAAUAUUGCCAUCCUCAUCAUCAUCAUCAUCAUCGAUCUUUGAUAGUCUGGAUCAUGUUGCCAUAUGAAAAAAAAACGAUUUCAUCAUAAAAAACAAGAAAAAAAAAUUCAAUCAUCGUCAUCAUCAUCAUCAUAUUUAUUCGUAUCGAUUUUUAAAAAAAACAAAUCUCAAAACACUUUCAAUACAGAUAUAUACACACACACACAUCUACAUUAUAUAUUUUUUAUAUGAAUCUACUACCACUCUACUACUGUUAUUUUUCUCAACAAAUUGAUACGAACAUUCAAAUUCAUAUAAACAAUUUACAUACACUCAUACACACAUACCGGAAACAAAUUUUCACAUCAAAUGUUUAU